AAAAAAGUAAGUCGCGUGGGCGUGGGAGGAGGGGGCCAGGUGGGGCAAGGGGUGCAACCGGUCGAGGAGUCUGGCGCGAGCGGUCAGUGGUGGAGGCAACAGCAUCCAUCCUAUCAUCAUCAUCAUCAUCACCAACACCAUCACCAUUACCAUCAUCAGGCCGGUUAUUACACGUUGCCAUCGCACACUCACAACAACCCCGUCACUACCAUGAAGCAGUCCUACAUGCAGUUAACAUGGGUGUUUCAUGACGACGAGGCGCAGAUUAAUAAGAAACUGCCAAAAGAAUUGCUGCUUAG